ACGGCACGGAGAGAGCCCGCGGCCGAAAUGGACUUUGCCUGGGAGUUUGAUUAUUAAUGGACAUCCCUUGAAGGAAGAGAGGAAUGACACUGUCUUUUCCAGAUUUGCCAGCAGCUCGAUGGCCUCGCCAAAGAAGCUCCAGGGUCUUGUUGCUGCCACCAUCACGCCAAUGACUGAGAAUGGAGAAAUCAACUUUGCUGUGAUUGGUCAGUAUGUGGAUUACCUGGUGAAAGAACAGGGAGUAAAGAAUGUUUUUGUGAAUGGCACUACAGGAGAAGGCCUGUCCCUGAGCGUCUCUGAACGUCGCCAGGUCGCAGAGGAGUGGGUGACACAAGGCAGGAACAAGUUGGACCAGGUGGUGAUUCAUGUGGGAGCACUGAGCCUGAAAGAGUCACAGGAGCUGGCCCAGCAUGCAGCAGAAAUAGGAGCCGAUGGCAUAGCUGUUAUCGCGCCCUUUUUUCUCAAGCCCUGGAAUAAAGAUGCCCUGAUUAGUUUCCUAAGGGAAGUGGCUGCUGCUGCACCUGCAUUGCCAUUUUAUUACUAUCACAUUCCUUCCUUGACAGGGGUUAAGAUUCGUGCUGAGGAGUUGUUGGAUGGGAUUCAAGAUAAGAUCCCCACCUUUCAAGGACUGAAAUUCAGUGACACAGAUCUCUUGGACUUUGGCCAGUGCGUUGAUCAGAAUCACCAGCGGCGCUUUGCUUUGCUCUUUGGGGUGGAUGAGCAACUGUUGAGUGGUCUGAUAAUGGGAGCAACUGGAGCCGUGGGCAGUACCUAUAACUACCUGGGAAAAAAGACAAACCAGAUGUUGGAAGCUUUUGCGCAGAAGGACUUCUCUUCAGCCCUCAACCACCAAUUUUGUAUCCAGAGAUUUAUCAAUUUUGUGAUCAAAUUAGGUUUUGGAGUAGCUCAGACCAAAGCCAUCAUGACACUGGUCUCUGGGAUUCCAAUGGGCCCACCCCGGCUUCCACUGCAGAAAGCCACCAGAGAGUUCACUGACAAUGCAGAAGCUAAACUGAAGAGUCUGGACUUCCUUCCUGUUACUGGGUUAAAGGAUCCUGACCUGGAGGCCUGUGGCUAGACCCUCUAUCAAACCUGUGUGUGUACCUUUGAGACUUCACCACCUGAAUAGUGCAUUCUCCUCUCAGGGACUUUUUAGAUGAACUUGAACUAUCUCCUAGCAAAUGGAAUUUGAUACCAAUCAACAA